AUACUAGAACGCGUACUUUCGCGUACAAACACCCCCAUUAGCUCUGUGCUUCAGCUUGUCUUCAGGGUUCCUUGUUGAGGGCUCUCUUCGCAUCAUCUUGUCUUUCUGCUUUUACAACUUCUAGUUUUAGCCGUUAAAAUUAAAUUGGUAAAAUGAAGAAAGUAGCCCACAACAGCGACAUGGCAGCCACCGUGGCUCCCCGAACACCUCGGAAGGAUGAUGUCAACUAUAAGUUACAUUUCCGAAUGAUAAACGAGCAACAAGUGGAGGACAUCUGCAUUGAUAUCUUCUAUAAGCCACACACCAUCACACUCCUGACAGUUGCAGUGCUCAGCCUCAUGUACUUUGCGUUUACCAGGGAUGAUGAGCACUCUGACAACAACCUCCGAGUUGGUCUAUUUGUGGUUGUCUCCUUCUUCUUGGUCAUCAGUGUCUUGGCCUUUCCUAAUGGACCUUUUACCAGGCCUCACCCUGCAAUAUGGCGAAUGGUGUUUGGUCUCAGUGUUAUGUACUUCCUGUUUCUUGUCUUCCUCAUCUUCCUCAACUGGGACCAAGUAAAGAUACUGAUGUACUGGCUGGAUCCAAAUCUGCGCUACGCCACAAGGGAAGCCGAUAUCAUGGAAUAUGCUGUAAACUGUACAGUGAUAACAUGGGAGCGGAUCCUGAGUCACUUCGACAUCUUUGCGUUCGGCCACUUUGCAGGCUGGGCCAUGAAGGCUCUGCUCAUCCGCAGCUACGGCCUCUGUUGGACCAUCAGCAUCACCUGGGAACUCACUGAGCUGUUCUUCAUGCACCUGCUGCCAAACUUUGCGGAGUGCUGGUGGGAUCAGGUGAUACUGGACAUACUGUUGUGUAAUGGAGGGGGCAUCUGGCUUGGUAUGACCGCCUGCCGGUUUUUGGAGAUGAGGGCCUACCACUGGGCCAGCAUCAAGGAAAUCCACACCACCACGGGGAAGAUAAAGCGAGCUGUGCUUCAGUUCACUCCGGCCAGCUGGACUUAUGUGCGCUGGUUUGACCCAAAGUCCUCCUUCCAGAGGCUAGCAGGCAUCUAUCUCUUUAUGAUCCUAUGGCAGCUGACAGAGUUGAACACGUUCUUCCUUAAGCACAUCUUCGUCUUCCAGGCGUCUCACCCUCUCAGCUGGUGUCGUAUCCUCCUCAUUGGAGUCAUCACUGCACCCACUGUACGACAAUAUUAUGCAUACCUGACAGACACUCAGUGUAAACGAGUUGGCACCCAGUGCUGGGUGUUUGGGGCCAUUGCUUUCCUUGAGGCUCUUGCUUGUGUGAAAUUUGGUCACGACUUGUUUUCCAAGACACAAAUUCGCUCUGUAUUUCUGUGGCUGCUCUGUCUGGCACUCAUCACACUACUAUGUUUAUAUGGGAUGGUGUGGUAUGAGCAAAAUAAAAUGAAGAGCACUUGUGUGCAAAGUGAAGACUGUGAGGACAGCAGUGUUGUCGACUCACGUGGUUUUGUCCCAGAUGGCGUUGCAGCUCAGAGGGAGUCCUUGAGAAAUUUACAACCUACAAAACGGAGGAGAGCUACUGGGAGAAACAGAUUUGUGAAUGGCCAUGGAGGAAAGAGACAAUAAAUAACAGUGAUUCUGAGCAUUCACAUCCUCCUGUGAAAGAGUGGAGGAUACACUCAACAAGGGGGAUACAGUAUGCACUUACAUUUACUGAAAUAUUGUUAUAGACCUGCAGACUAGGCUGCUGAUUCUCUGUAUUCUCAGCACUAGUAGAUCUUUAAUACUGUAUGACACUGACAAAAUUGGUUUUCCAUUUAAUGUCAAAGAUAUUUUUAAACAGAUCUAAAUAACCAAGGAAUAUGCAAUGGUUUUGAAAGAGAAGAUGGCCUUAUUUGAACUGUAAAAACUAGCAUGCUAGACACAGCAUCGUCCAACACCCAACAUUUUCUACCUUAAACUACCGAAUGUUGUUUGGAUGCUUUGCACUGUGGGACAGGUUAAAUAUGUCCAGGUUAAAUAUGUCAGGGGUGUGCCAGCUUUAUCAGUGUGGUCUGGUUUACAAACCAGUCCACACCACCACCCUGAGUGCUACAGGCACUUUUUUGCACUUAACCUCUUUGACACCUCUUUGUUUUUGAAUAUUACUGUGUGCUAAAUUUAAUACCUUUACUACAAAACUAAAGAUCACAAUUAUUGUUGUGUAUUGUUGUGUAUGGUUUUUUUUGUAAGUCACUUGAAUUGGUGAGGAUUAUUUGUUGAUUUAUUAUAUUUGUGUUUGUAUAAUAAAUGCUAAAAGUGACCACAUUUUGCACUUAUCUAUAAUACAGUAAAGUACUGGUAUAUACAGUGCUGUAUGCUUUUCUUCAGUCAUAAAUUCAUCAUCAGGAAAAAUGUUUUUGUCUCCUUAAACUGAGCGGAGCAGCCAAGUGUUACUGAACCGACUGUAGCCUUUACAUGUUAUUCUUACCCUUUUUAGCUUUCAUUAAUGUGAUUAUUGGAACUGUUGAGAUGUUAUUUUUGCAAUUUUUGUGAGAUGUGAGCGGUGUACGAUAGGUGUACUGACAGAGAAUACUGUGACAUUCAAUGUAAUAGCACUGCUGUGUUGACAUUCAAUAGCAGAGGAUAAUCACUUGUGUGACUUGAUCCUUUUCAAAGUCAGUCUUUUUGAGUUUUUUUAGUGAUCCAAAUUAAUGAAAUGUGACGUUAAUACAACACAGUAAGUGACUGGUCAUAUAAGCUGUUCUUUAUAUUGUUGAAUGAUGUAGUAUAGUUUCAUAUUUAGUGUUAGAAAGUGUUCUACAACCUCCCAGUAGCUCAACCAAUGUCAGUUAAGGUCUGCUUAUUGAUUUUGAAUUUAUAUUAUUUGAAUGAAACUUUUCUUUCCUAGCCUGCCUCGGUGACUCCAGACUUUUGAUCAUAUACAAUGCUUUAAGUGUCAGACCACAGCGUAUUUAUUAUAAAAUGUUUAAAAUGUGUUGAUUGUAACCUCCAAUGCACUACUUGAUGUUGCUGGUUUAUGAUUUUUUUUUAUGGGUGAGUUUGCUUGUUUUUGUACACAUAAUUAAAUGAUCACAUAUCA